AUGUGUCAAUUUGAGGGCCUGAGGCAGAGGGUGGCGGCCCAGCGCUGGAGUCCGCGAGUCGGGCUGGUGUGCCGCCAGGCGCGGGGCGUGCGGCGAGCAGAGCCGGCAGGAGCGCGCCGGGCAGCCGCCGCCGCCGCCGUCCCGUGCGCGGGCGGCAGGAUGGAGCUGAACUCUCUGCUGCUGCUGUUGGAGGCGGCCGAGUACCUGGAGCGUAGGGACCGAGAGGCCGAGCACGGCUACGCCUCCGUGCUGCCCUUCGACGGCGACUUCGCAAGGAAGAAAACAAAGACGGCCGGCCUGGUGCGCAAGGCCCCGAACAACAGGUCUUCACACAACGAACUAGAAAAGCACAGACGAGCUAAACUCAGGCUCUACUUGGAGCAGCUCAAGCAGCUGGUACCCCUGGGCCCUGACAGCACACGUCACACUACUCUGAGCCUUCUGAAGCGUGCUAAGAUGCACAUCAAGAAACUGGAGGAGCAGGACCGCAGGGCACUGAGCAUCAAGGAACAGCUUCAGCGGGAACAUCGCUUCCUAAAGAGACGUUUGGAGCAGCUAUCAGUGCAGAGUGUAGAGCGUGUGCGCACAGACAGCACUGGCUCUGCUGUGUCCACAGAUGACUCAGAGCAAGAGGUGGAUAUAGAGGGCAUGGAGUUUGGCCCUGGGGAGCUGGACAGUGCUGGCAGCAGCAGUGAUGCCGAUGACCACUACAGCCUACAGAGCAGUGGCUGCAGCGACAGCAGCUAUGGGCACCCUUGCAGGCGGCCUGGCUGCCCUGGCCUUUCGUAGGCUCCAUGUCCUUUGCUUCUUGGCCCACCUGCCUGCUCACCUAGCCAAGCGUCUCAGCCUUCCAAUCCUCCCUUGACUGAAGCCAGCCUCGUCAUGGGCCUACUGCUGUGCCAUUCUCGAAGCUACAGCUGCUGUCUGGUCUGCCUGCCUCUGCCUGCCUACCCUUCGGUCAGGACUCAAGUUGCCUGCCCCUUCUCCGCAGGGCUAGACCCCAUGCAGGGAAGCAGUGUCAGGCUCUUACAUCCUGGAGUCCAGCGUAGCCACCCACAAUCUGUUCUCAGAUUCCUAAUCAUUCCAGAAGUAUUAAAUAUCAUUUCUACAAAUCUCGGCAGGAUCCGUGUAGGGGCCUUAAUGACCACCAUAGGGAGCUUGAACCCCAACAUCGGAUCCCAAGAGAAAGGAGUGGACUGAAGAAGAAAGGAAGGAAGGAAAGAAGGGAGGGAGGGAGGGAAGGGAAGGAGGGAGGGAGGGAGGGAGGGAGGAAGGAAGGAAGGAAGGAAGGAAGGAAGGAAGGAAGGAAGGAAGGAAGGAAAGAGCUGCUGUCUGUCUAUCCAUCUAUCCAUCUACUUGUUGGUCCACAUAGUGUGGACAGAGGGAUCUGUGAGGGGCAGGACUUGGAUGAGCAUCUAGUGGGUGGCCCCCUUUUCCAUGGUGUCAGCAGCCAUGGGGAUGCUCCUGGGGUCUGGCUGGACCACCUCAAACCAAGUUGGGUGGCUUCUGCUCUUUUAGGACCAUCAGACGUAUGCACACACGCCUAGGCUCACACCCACAAGCACAAAUACACAUGGACAUCAGAGAAUGUAUGUGUUGAGAUAGUUGGUCUGAGGUCACUUGGAAAUGGUGGCCCCUAACCUGUGCCUGACUCUCACUCAGGCCCUGGAUCACCUGGGCCAGUCCAGACAGCUCUGCCUGGUCUGCACAGGAAAUAGACAGGGCUUUUCUUCCUGGCAGAGGACUGGAAUAAGCUGGGUGGCAAGCUGAAACCACUGGGUCCUCCAAGCUUUCUCAACUUCCUUUCUUAAGAAAAGAAAAAAAAAAAAAAGAAAAAAAAAAAGUGCGACAGGGAGCUCCCAGAAGGGGCCUCGCGAACCCUGCCCAGGGCAGCCUCAGCUGGCAGAGGCUUUACCCAAAACACAAAACAGAAACAUUUUUAAAAAGAGAGAAAAGCUCUGAAGACUCGCCAAGGGACAUGAGUGUGUGCUGCCUCUAUUUCCUGUAUGAGAAUUUUGUACUCUAUUUUCCUAGCCAUUGUUGUGUCCUUGUUUGCUGAGGGGUGGGAGCGACCCAGCGUCUCAGGGACCCAUCCUCUGUCACAUCGUCAUAGUGUGCCUUGUGUUCCUUGUCUCACCCCACCCACUGCCACCAGCAUGCCCGUGUGGCUUAUGGGAUGCACCAGGCCUCCUGGUAGGUGCCCCCCUCACUGCUUUCCGACAGGUAGCCCCUCCCAGCAGCUGCAGCCUCCUGGGAGGGACAUAUGCAUGCCUUUGUGGCUCCCGAGGCUGAUUCCUGUAUCCUGCAGGGCUAUAACCUGGCCUCCAGUGGUGCCUCCAUGGUAACUGGCAGAGUGGCUGUGCCUGAAAGUUCCGGGACAGCAGGCCUGCUAGCAUAGAGCCUGGAGUGUCAGCCAUGGGCAGCUUAUAAAUACACAGUUCUGGAAGUAGUACAGGCCUGUCCAGGAGGCUUCUGUUGGCCUUUCAAUACUAGAAGACUUUGUUUCUAGGGGCACCACACAGCAAUAUUUGGGUAGUGGCCACGGGCUGGCCCACAGCAGCACCUGCCACCUCCUCUGGUGCAUUCGUAAACAAUUUCCAAACUGUGGGGAAAUUCUUGUUUAUCUUCAGUCAUGCCAAUGAGCAUCCUAGGGUGAGAGGCCUACUGAUAGGCAGAAUGAGGUUCCCGGAGACAGCUCUGGCAUAGAACCUGCUCUGUGGGCACUCAGAAUGACAGGUGGACAGCAGGCCUGGGUAGGUGUCUCCAGGAAAGAUCGUCAACAUCCUAGUAAGCUGGUUCUGUCAACAUUUUCUGCCCAUCUGGGCACUUCAGUGUCUGCCCAAGCACCUCCCCAGCACACCUACCCUUAGCACAGGACUUUGUUUAAAGGACCCACAACUCCAGGGCUCCUGAUGUGCCCUGAAUUCUUAGAUUAUCAACUCCCUGCUCCAUCUCCAGCACCUGAGCUUCUGCUUCCACCCCUGACAGCAGAGCCCAUUCCUGGUGACCAGAUUGGCCCCCUUGGCUGAAUUUUGUGGCAGCUCAGCCCUUUGCCUUUUCAGGCUAUGGAUCCCAUGUAGCCUGGGAGUUGGCCUCCUCAGUCACCCAGGGGUGCUAGCCAGCUGCCCCUUCCGCUAGCAGGCCUGUGAGGGGUGAUCUAUAGGCAUGGGGGCUGGUGCUAAGAGUUACAUAUCUAUUACUCCUUCUCCUGCUCUCUACCAUUUGCACAGUAUGGCCAUUACUGGUAGCCACAGAUUCAGCCAAGGCUAUUGUGUGUCUGUGGAAAGAAAGCUGGACCAAAAUAGCUGCUGCUAUGUCCUCCACCUGCACCUGUCCAUGUGAGCCAUGCGGUGUGCCAUAACAGAGUCUGGAACUCCAGGCUCAGGCUUGGGCCUCUCUACUAGGAGGUGGUCCAGAUGUACCAGACCCACCAUCCUGCUGCAGGCCCAGCUGGUCUAGCAGGAGAGGACACAGAGGUUUUGUCUCUAGACGGCCCCUAGGCCUGCCUCUGUAUUUCUCACCUGCAGGUGCUUGAGCUUGCCUUUCUAGGCAGAUGGAGUUGUGCACCAAACUGUGGCUGGACAGUUCCUACCUUUCUGUGUGCCCCAAGCCUUCCCUGCCUCUGGUGGGUCAGUUAGCCUCUCACCCCUUGUGCCUGCACAGAGGGUCUUGAUCCCAGGCUAGCAAGCAAGUUCUCAGGCCUCUAAACUAGGGCACUAGGGCAGGUUCCGUGCCAGAGUCAGGGGCUACACAAGGGGCCUGGUGCCAGUGCGGUGGGCGAGUUAUGAGACCUGAGCUGCAGACUGGAAUGGGACCCCAUCCCACCUGUCAAACAGAUGGGGCUGUGCUGUGUCAUUCUGUCAUUGUAAUAUAAAUACAGAUUUUUAUACCUCA